GUAGAGAAUACCCACGGCACAGCACAGCACAUAUCCACAUCUCCGGUCACCGGAAUCCCUUUACCGGAUGCGUGCUACCGUUUAUCUAUCCAUCCUACUACAUACCUAGAUAAUCGCGCAAAUUCAAGGCGCAUUAGCCUGGUGUUUCACCAUUUCACCACCGCCGCCCCGAAAAAGCCUUGAGGAACACCGAAGCGGACAAAGUGAGGACCCUUGGUGAGCAAAUCCCACCCAAGAACAGUCGACUGCCCCGUCCUGGUUCCCUGGCGUUGCCCCAUCACAGCCCGUCCGUACCUUGCAGCAGAGCCGGGGUUGUGGAAGACGAAGAGGAACAAGCGGGUCAUUCGAAGGCGCACUAAAAGUCCACCGCACCACUCACCCGCAUUGUUGGGGGGUUCCCUUCACUUUGGUGCCUGUUGACCCUUCCCGUCCCACACCAGCGAGGCGCAAAUCCUAUCUUUUCCCAUCUCUAUUUUUUUUCUUCUUCGCUUUCCCAGGUUCCGCGGUCCCGGGUUCGCUUCGUUCUUGGCCUCAAGAGGGAACGUACUACACUGCCGAUACCCCCUUUUCGCAUCGAGUGGUGUCGGUCGUUUCUCCUCGUCCUCUCGCUUCACCUCCCGCCUGUCACUUCUCACGGUCCACACUGCUACCGUUACUGCGUCGCGUCUCUGUGGUUUCAAUUUUAAUCUGAGACGACCACUCGGUGCGACAACCUUCCCGACCUGUGCGACCGUCUUGUCCAACCCGACGACACGCCUAGAACGGCCAGAAGGGUUCAGUCUGAUACUGUACUGUUCAUCCCCGAGUCGCCCUGCCCAAUUGUUUCGGGAUUUUGGUCCAGGUUGGAUUUGGAUUGCUCGUUCACCCGCUCGCCGCUCGCGUUUAGCGACAGACGACAGACGACUUCGCUUUCGACUUCGCCAUCUUCGAACGGACGAACGACGCAUUCAGACAGUAUCGGUAUACGGUAGACGACACAUUCUUUCCACAACAUCCAUUGUUCUACCCGCAAGCACGCUGUUCACUCUUUUCAGCCUCACACACCUGUCACGAUCUUUUCUGUUGGUUAUAUUGUCGACAACGAUUCAUUGAAUUCCCGGAUACUCAUCGCGCCGGUCUUCGCAACUAAAGGCAAGAAAUAUUGCACGCUAUAUGACGAACUUGGACGAAAGUUGGAUAAGAAAAAACGAAAACAAUGAGAGACUAGAGGCGAUUGGACUCGACCAAUUUUUCAUCGAUACCCAAAUCAUACCGAUAGGACAGGUCGUCAAUCACUCCGGCCUGACCAAGGUCCGCACCCACGAGCGGACGAUAUAUAUAUAACAUUCUAGAAAUACAAAAUAAGACGACAAAAUGCCUGCGAUAGACGUGGCCAUGAGGAGGAGUGUCCAAGGGGGAAUUGCGGAUGGCUUUGUCAACUUACUUGUGCGCAGUGUGCAACAACCGCUCGAACAAAGAGAUGUCAUUCAGGAUUUCAACAAUGUCAAGACGGCGUUUUCAAGUUGGGACAAUUGUAUGAAGGUCGCUUACUGCAAAUGGACUGCCAUCGGGCUCAUGAUCUUUGCCGGUGUCAUCAUCUUUUCGGUUUGUUGGUGCAUAGGUCGCUGCCUCUGCUGUGGUGUCUCGUGCUGUUGCGAGUGCUUCCGAUGCCUCCAAUGCUGCGGAAACUGCUGCGGUUGUUGCGAUCCUCCCGGGGCUCGCAAACACAAGUACCUCGAUGCGCCCUACGUUCCACCCGAUCAGGGCUACAAGGCUCCGGAGCCGAUGGAUCAUGGCUUCGGAAGCCGUCCGGCACCCACGUAUAAUCCCCAGGCAUCUGAACCCCAGUAUGCUGAGUUCGAAGUCAAUAAGAAGAGGCAGACGAUGGGCGAUUCGCUGCCUGCUAUGCCGGAGUGGGAGGGCGCAGGGAACAAGAAGGUGAUGGUGGAAGAGGAGGCUGUGGAGCUGGAUCAGUUGAAGAAGCCGGAGGAGAAGACUGCCCAGAGUGCCGGUGCCGAUGCUGCUGCUGGGGCUGUGGUCAUGUCCGGCGCGGCUGCUACUAUUCCGGCAGUAGCACCUGGACGAGGAACAACACCACGACCUAGUCCACCUCCAGGGGGCCAGCAGGGUCCCUACGGAGGUCCGGCCGGUAACAACGGCUUCUACGGAAACAACAACGGUUACGGCCAGAACGCACAAGGAUAUAACCAAGCAUCCCUGACUUCUCCUUACGGCCAGUCCUCAUCCCCAUCACCAUACAGAAUGGCCGCUUCCGCCAUGGGCCCCGCUGCCGUAGGAAACGCGGGGUAUAAUGCCCCUGGCGGUGGUUACGGCAACCCACAACAAGAUGCCUAUGGCCGUUACGGCGAGCCCGCACGAAACAACACCUAUGAUACCGCACGAAGCAACACUUAUGAUUCCUACGGCGCCAGCACCAACAGCCCUGCCUCUCCUUACGACACCUCACCCUACGAUAGCUACGAUUCCGGCAACCAAGGCGGUUACGGCAGUUCUCAGCAACAACCCUACGGCAUGGCCGCCGGUGGCGUAGCAGCGGGUAUGGGGAUGGCAGCUGGAAGUACGGGACCUAACCGCGUUCGCUCCCCGCCCGCCGCAGCAAUGAACACAAUAGCCUAUCCUCCAAACCCCAUGACCCGCCGGUCGCCAGCUCCCAAGCAACCACUGAACGGUCUCGGGUACGGAGGACCCAGCAGUAAUCAGGCGUACGAAAUGCCAGGCGAUGAUUCCUUCCUCGGUGGACCUAGACACCAGUCUCCCGCUCCUCAAUCAACGGGAGUCACAGGGGGCGGGUACGAUAGCCUCGGUGGGCCUAGACACCAAUCUCCCGCUCCUCAAUCAACGGGAGCCACGGGGGGCGGCUAUGGCAGCCUCGGCGGACCUAGACACCAAUCUCCCGCUCCUCAAUCAACGGGAGUCACAGGGGGCAGAUAUGACGGCUUUUCCAACCAGCCAUACUCCCAGGGCAGCACCCAGCAACAGAGGCAAAACACCUUUGGCGGAAACAACGCUUACGGAGGGGGGAACAACGCAGCUAGUUACGGCGACAUGAUGCGCUCCACGCCCUCCCCAGCGCCGACGGGACCGUUGCCUAGGCCUCCGGUGAGGAAUAAUACUAUGGGAGGUCAGAGUGCUUUGGGAGGUAACAAUGGUGGUAGUAGUCCUGCUUCUGCUACUGGAGGGUUCGACUUUAGUAGUGGGGGUUAUUCCAGGCCGAGCCCAACAACCGUGGGACAGCAGCAAGGAGGAAGUAUGGGAGGGCAGAAUGAGGGAGGAGGAGCGGCGGCGUAUCCGGGAUACAAACCUUACUCGCCGGUGGGCGGAGGAGCAGCAGCAGGAGGAGGAGGAGGGGCGUAUAGAGCAUGGUGAAAUGGCAGCGACGUAGAGGCGAAAGUGAAAAAAGUGAAUGAUUAACGGGAAAAAGCAUGGGGUUGCGGCGUUCUUCUUCUUCUUUCUUCUUCUUCAUGUUUUGGUUAGAUACCAGGAUCUUUUUGGUCGGUUGGUUGGUUGGUUCUCGAUGUCAGGACCAGACUACCUACUCCGCGUCAUAACCUUGACUUCAGAGAAACAAUGGCCAGUGAAGGAACACCUUUCGUGUUGGAUUCUUACUUUCGUUCAUCCAUAUUUUGGUUACUUGGGAUUAUUGAAUGGUGAGGGAAGAAGGAUAGGCAGCAUUGUGAUUAUACCACCAGGACAGGACAUAUAUACCCGUAGGGGGGGUUUGGAUGAAGUAUGGAGGAGGUAUGAAUGAAUACCUGAUACUUGAUUGUAGUGUUGUUUAAGUAACGUGCUGCAGUUCGUUGAAUGGGUGAUACCCAGAAAGGUUUACUCCG